CUAAAGCUAAAACGGCUUUCCAUAGAGCUACCCUAUCAACUGUCAUGCACAUCAUGUGACUCGCCGACCAGUUCCUGCUGCCACAGCUGCCGAAGGAGUUGCUGUAUCAUGUCGGAGACGGCGUAAUAUUUUUUUCUGGAAUAAAAACAUGGGGUCUCUUAAAACUUAUUCCGAGUUAUCAUGUAAAACAUCCACAGCCUUAGCCGUUUUAACGCUGUUAUUGUAUAUCUCGGUCGCGGAGGGGGCGCGUGACAGUACCUGGCUCCAAGAUUUGUGCAGCUACAAAUGGGAGGCCAUUGAUCUGGAUAACCAACUGAAGUACACAAUUAAAUUGUGCGACGAAUCUCCAAGCACAGCGUGUGGGCCACAAGCGGCUAUAUGUGCUCAAAGCCUGGUAGACAAAACAACCACAACAGUCGGCGAGUUGAGUCUGCUACAGGACUCUACUACAGCAGAGAAGGUGUUAAAUUUCAACAGCACGGCGAGGUGUACGGGAAGCAGCGGCAACAUGCGUUCCAGCAUCUCUUUCCUGUGUGGGAAGACCAUGGGAACUCCAGAGUUUGUCACAGUGUCUGAGUGUGUUCAUCACUUUGAAUGGAGGACCUAUGCUGCUUGCCGAAAGGAUACGUUCAAACCCCACAAGGAGGUGCCCUGCUACGCCUUCGAUCCCAACGGCAACAAGCACGACCUGAAUCCCCUCAUCAAGCUGACUGAUGGAUACCUGGUCGAUGACUCGGACGACAAUGUGGACUUCUACAUCAACAUAUGCCGCAGUUUGGUCCAAGAUGGUGUACGGCCGGCGUGUGCCCAGGGCUCGGCUGCCUGCUUGGUGACCGGGGGAAAGGCGUACAACAUGGGCUUCCCCAGCAGUCAGCUGGAGCUGCUCUCCAACGAAAGACUGACGCUGCGAUAUGAGGGAGCCACUGAGGACAAGCCAGACUUCUGUGGUGAUCACGAUCCCGCGGUCACCAUCACUUUCAUCUGUCCAUCUAGCAGACAGGAGGGCAGCCCCCCAAAAAUGACGUCCAAAGCCAACUGCCGGUACGAGAUCGACUGGGUGACGGAGUACGCCUGCCACAGAGACUACCUGGAGAGCCACUCCUGCAAACUCGAUAGCGCGCAGCACGACAUCGCCGUCGACCUCAGCCACCUCACCCUCGGCAAAAUGGAUGACCCCUACCAUGCUAAGAGCAGCAAUGGCAGAGACUCCUACAUCUACUACCUGAACGUAUGCGGGCCCAUCGGCCAUGGGGUCUGUGCCAACGACACAGGCUUCGUGUCCGCCUGCCAGGUGAAGGAGAGCGGCGACAUGAACAUGAAGAUUACUGGGAGAUGGAGAAAUCAAACCCUCAGAUACUCUGAUGGUGACCUCACAUUAACCUACCCUGGAGGGAGCAGAUGCAGCUCUGGUUUUCAGAGGAUGACCAUCAUCAACUUUGAGUGCAAUCAAACUGCAGAAAACGAUGGCAAAGGCUUCCCGGUGUUCACUGGAGAGUUGGAUUGCACAUACUACUUCGAGUGGCAGACUGCGUACGCCUGUGUCAAGGAGAAGGAAGAUCUUCUCUGCCAGGUGGCGUCAGGCAAGAAGCGAUAUGACCUGUCACCUCUCACGCGAUUCCCAGGGUCGGCCCUGGCCCAGAACUGGGAGGCGGUGGGCAUGAGCGGAGCUGGGGCAGACGAGAGGCGUGUGUACCUCAACAUGUGCCACAGAGUCCUCCUGCAGGGGGCGACAACGGCCUGCCCUGAGGGGGCUGCUGCCUGCACUGUUGACAAGAACAACAGAACUAAAAGCCUGGGCAGCUUCUUGUCUGCGCCUCAGAUGGAUGGGGACAGCAUUCGCCUCAUCUACACUGAGGGAGACGUCUGCAGGAAGAACAUCAAGACCAGGACCAUCAUCUCCCUCAAGUGCAGCCCAGGGGACGUGGAGAGUGCCCCGUUGUUGCGGAGCGUGUCUAGCGACGAGUGCAUCUACGAGCUGGAAUGGCACACAUCCACUGCCUGCGUGCUCUCUAAAACCGAGGGAGACGAUUGCAGAGUGUCCGACCCAAAUGGAGGCUUCUCUUUCGACCUGUCGCCCUUGCGCAAGCCCGUGAACGAGGGCUACCGAGUGAACGAAGACGAGUACGACUACUUCAUCAACGUAUGCGACGGGGUCUCCCAGGGCCAGUGUCCUGCCAGGUCCGGCGCCUGUCAGGUGAAGAAGAGUGAUGAAAAGAAAGCCUGGAGUCUUGGGGAGUCCAAUGGCAAGCUGAGCUACUAUGACGGCAUGAUCAAGCUGAAGUACCAGAACGGCUCGUCCUACAACGACGGCCACGGGACGCGGCGCUCCUCCUUCAUCUCCUUCCUCUGCAGCCGCGACGCUGGCCAUGGCACACCUGAGUUCCAGAAAGAGGAUAACCACACCUACAGCUUCAAGUGGUACACAGCCCUGGCAUGUCCCGAGAGGCCUCACGAGUGCCUCGUGACUGACCCUUUGACCUUCAAACAGUACGACCUGUCCAGUCUGUCUAAGACCAUAUCAAACUGGGAAGUGAUGGCCAUUGGCAGCGGGAGAAAGUACUACAUCAACGUGUGCCGCCCGCUGCGCGCCGUGCCCGGCUGUGCCCGUGACGCCUCCGUCUGCGAGACCACCUACGAGGGCGGGGCUGAGAAGGUGUCAAUCAGCAGCAUGGGCGUGGCCAAGAGGGGCCCGAUCAUCCAGGGCUCCGACCAGCUGCUGCUGGAAUACACGGACGGCUCCAUCUGCGAAGCAGACGGCGUCACCACCACCUACACCACGCGCAUACACCUCUCCUGCAUGAGGGGAACUCUGGCCUCGGCCCCUCGUUUCCUCUCCAACCAGAACUGCACGGCCAACUUCAUCUGGCACACCAAAGCAGCAUGCGCCAUCGAGAGUGUCAAAGACACGAACCAGACAUGUACCAUAAGGGACCCAGUCUCAGGCUUUGAAUUUGACCUGAAUCCUCUGACCAGCAAAAAUGGAUAUUCAGUCCCAGGAAAUGGUCGCAACUUCACGCUGAAUAUCUGUGGCUCAGCACCAGCUUGUAGCACAAAGGAAGGCGAGCAGUUUGCUGGCUGUGAGCUGGAGGACGGAAAGCCGAUUGGCCAUGUGGGUGUGGAGAGAUCUCUUGAGUACUCCUCUGAGGGCGAGCUGAAGCUCACCUACAAAGGGGAAUUGGAUGAAGAGACAGCCACCAGGACCACCUUCCUCAUCAAUUUCGUUUGCGACAACGACGAUGCCGGCACGCUGAAGUUCGAGAGGGCUGAGAUGGGCACGAGCACUCACGUGACCCACGACGUGUUUUUUGAGUUUGCCACCCCGCUGGCCUGUCUGCCCAGCCCUGUGGACUGCCAGGUCACUGAUGCCAGUGGAAAUGAGUACGACCUGAGUGACCUGAGCAGUGACGAUCAGCCUUAUAAGCCCAUCGACACCUCUGAGCAGGCCAAGUCCCAGAAGUUCUUCCUCAAUGUCUGCAAGCCUCUGCCCCACGUAGACGGUUGCCCAGCUGGAAACCUGGGAGCUUGUGCCAUCAUCAACGGGCGCUCUCUGAACCUGGGCUACGUGCAGUCUACCCCCCAGGCCUCCGACGGCUCGCUCAGCAUCGUCUACCAGGGUGGGGAGGCCUGUGGAGCCGGCAGACGCUACUCCACUCGCAUCAUCUUCCUCUGCGACGACCACCUGGGUUCCCCCAUCUUUGAUCGUAAGGAUGGCUGCGAGUAUGUGUUCAUCUGGAGAACUUCCGAAGCCUGUCCUAUCCAGAGGGUUCAGGGUGAGAACUGUAAAGUGACAGACCCCAGAAGCGGCCACCAGUUUGACCUGUCGCCACUGUCUGGGCACAACUACGAGGUGAUGAGCGGCCAGUACGAGUACCACUUCGCUGUGUGUGGCGGCCUGUCCAAAAGCGUCUGCCCACACGGCACAGACGAGGUCUCCUCCUGCCAGGUCGAAGGAUCUUCUCAUAGAAUCGCUGGCCUUGCCUCACAGACCCUGACGUACGAAGACGGCUUGAUCAUGAUCAACUAUACGCAUGGGGAGAAGUGCCACAGGAUUUACGAGAGGUCCACCGCCAUCCUCUUCUCCUGCGACCAGAGCAAGUCCCCAGGGCAGCCAGAGUUCAUAAAGGAGACGUCUGACUGCACGUACAUGCUCGAGUGGCACACCGCGCUGGCCUGUCCGCCCUUCAAAACCAUUUCCUGCACCUAUGAUGAUGGCGAUGGGAACUUCUACGACUUGUCGUCCCUCUCUCGCUCCUCGCUGUCCCUGGCCACCAGUAACUGGAGGGCUGAGCUCCAUGGCAAGCGCUUCUACCUCAACGUCUGCAAGUCCCUGCUCCCACAGGGCGGCUCCUGGGCCUGCCCAUCGUCGGCAGCGGCCUGCAUGAAGACUGAGGAUGACCACUACCUCAGCCUGGGGGAGGCCAAGUCGCAGCUGCAGUGGGACAAGUCAAGUCAGGUGCUGGUCCUGCGCUACACCGACGGGGCGCCGUGCCCAGACGACAAGGAGCGCCAGAAGACCACCAUCAUCCGCUUCAAGUGCGACCAAACCAGAGGGGAGUCUGAACCCCAUCUGGUGUCGGCGCUGGAGAAGUGUGUCUACACCUUUUCGUGGAUCACAGCUGCCGCCUGUCCGCUCAACGCCACCCGGCACGGAGACUGCCGCGUCACCAACCCCGCCACCGGCCACGUGUUUGAUCUGAGCCGGCUGACCAAAGCUGGAGGAUACACCAUCUACGACCCCACCAACAGCAGGAAGAUGAUCAGGCUCAACGUCUGUGCCGCCAUGACGGACACGUCCUGCACAGACGGAUCAGCCGUGUGCUUCCGAGACCCCCAACAUGCUGUGAGCGGGGGCAAGGCCAACAGCAGGCUGUCCUACCUGGAGCAGGUGGUGCAGCUCACCUACGAGGGCGGGGACGUGUGCGAGGCCAAUCCCAACCUGAGGCACAAGAGCGUCAUCAGCUUCGUGUGCCGCGGGGACGGGGACGGGGAGGAGGCUGGAGAGCCCGUGCUGGUGGCCACCGAGGAGGACACGUGCACCCACUACUUCUCCUGGCACACCGCCUACGUCUGCGAGACGCAGGUGAGGUGCACGGUGUGGAACGGCACGGCGCUGAUCAGCCUGGAUCCCCUCGUACACAGCCGGGGCUUCUACACGGCCACCAACGCCGACCUGGACAGCUCCUCCACCGACUUCUACAUCAACAUCUGCCAGCCGCUCAAUCCCGUGCCCAAUGUGCUGUGCCCCCCGGGGGCCGCCGUCUGCAUGGACCCUGACGACGGACCACCCAUUGAUAUCGGCCGAAUAAGCUCCAAGUCGGCGCCCGAGUACAACAGCAACACGGGAGAGGUGGAGAUGACGUUCAGCAGCAACAGCGUGUGUCAGGAGAACAAGACUCUCAACUACUCGUCCAAAAUCAUCUUCAGCUGCCGAGCUGGCACUGACCUGGGCACUCCCCAAAUGAUCAGGAAGCAGCAGUGUGUGUACGUCUUUGAGUGGGCAACUCCCGUCGUGUGCCCAGAAAUCCUCACCGCCGACGGCUGCGCUCUCCGUGUCUCAGAGCUGCACCACACCUUCAACCUGACGUCACUCUCUGGAGUAGUGCAGGUGCGGAAUGGCUCGAGCCUGUACAAGAUGAACGUGUGCGGCUCCAUCACAGACUCGGCAUGCCAGAACAGCGCCGUGUGCCAAGUGAACGGGGCGGACGGCAUCUCCUACGGCAACAACAAGGCCAUGAGCCUGGAUUUCCAGCGUGAGGACGAGACCAUCAUCAUGAAUUACGUCGGCGGAGACCUCUGCCCCCCAGUGACUGAUAAAGGGGAGCUGUGCGUCUUUCCUCUCCUCUACAACGGGAAGUCCCUGACAGCCUGCAGCACAGAGGGCAUGACAGACGGACGGCCGUGGUGCGCCACCACCAGUGACUACAACAAGGACCGCAAGUGGGGCUACUGCGCAAACGUGACGGCAAAGCGCGAGUCUAGCAUCAUUUUCUCGUGUAACCGCGCGGCGGGGCGUGGCAGCCCCAAGCUGACAGGUGUGACGCAGGGCUGCUCUGCCUCCUUCACCUGGGGCACCGAUGCCGUCUGCACACCCAAGAAGAUGGAGUGCCAGCUCGUCAGUCAGCACAAGACGUACGACCUACGGACGCUGUCGUCGCUCACAGAGCCCUGGAAGUUCAGCAGCGGGGCAGACCAGUAUUAUAUGAAUCUGUGCCAGAGCAUCCACGGGGGCCUGACUGACUGCCCAGACGGGGCUGCGGUGUGCCGCAGGAGCAGGGGCAAGACCAGCAGGCUGGGACGGGUCCACACACAGACCCUGGAGUACCGUGAGGGCCAUAUCCUGGUGAACUACUCGCUGGGCGAUGCUGUGUGUGGGACUGCCCUGGAGGCCAAAUCCAUCAUUCAGCUGACCUGCAGCCAAAUCAACGGACACCCCAAGCUCAAGAGAGUGGACCUGGGUUCGUGUGAGUUCUGGAUUGAGUGGGAGACCCGAGCGGCCUGUGCUGUCCAACAAGAGGAGGUGAAGAUGGUCAACGGCACAAUCACCCUCCCAGGCACCCGAGGACAGUUUAACCUGGGAGCCCUCUACACCAGGCUGUUCCAGGCCAAGGGUGACAUCCGGACCAACGGCGACCGCUACAUCUAUGACAUCCAGCUGUCGGGCAUUACUAACGCCUCUGACGAGUGCAAGGGUGCCUACAUCUGCCAGCUGAAGAUGGACAGCAACUGGCACCGCGGCAUCGGCUCCUCCAACAGCUCCUCCAAAGCCAAGUACUACAUCAAAGGGGGUAACCUGGACGUACUGGUGCCGUCGGGGUCUAAUUGCGGUCGGGACCGUAACCACAACGCGUCCUCUGCCAUCCUGUUCCACUGCAACCCAGAGGUGGGCGAGGGCAUCCCAGAGUUCCUGAUGGAGACAGACCUGUGCCAGUACCUCUUUGUCUGGCACACCGCUGGAGUCUGCGGCCUGUUUUCUGAGCGUGUCAUCGAUGGCUCGGAUGAAGAUGCGGAGAGCCUAUCUGGGCGGAGCCAAGCCCUGGGGGCGGUGCUUAGCCUUCUACUCGUUAUCCUCAGUCUGUGUCUCCUCGUCCUACUGCUGCACAAACGAGAACGCAGGGAGAUGGUGAUUAAGAAGGUGGUUGGCUGCUGCAAGAAGGGGAAUCCAGUGGCCUACAAGUACUCCAAGGUGAGCACAGAGGAAAAUGGCGAGGAGGACGAGAUGGAGUGGCUGAUGGAGGAGCUGGAGUCUCCGGGCAAGGCGUCCGACCACCAGAACGGCCACGUCACCACGCGAGCCGACGCCCUUCGCGCGCUCCCAUUGGACGAGGGCGACAGCGAGGAGGAGGACGAGGUGCUGACGCUGCCCGGCGUGCGCAUCCACUCCGCUUCCUCCUCCUCCAGCGCCUCGCGGCCCAAGCCUCGUGCCCGGCCCCUGCCCAUGCCCGCCCUGCUGAGGGAGGAGAGCGACGAGGACCUGGUGGGCCUGCUGGAGGACCAGGAGCGCAGGCACCACCACCACCAGCGGAACAGCAAAGCCAAAACACGCAGCGGAGGAGGAGGAGGAGGAGGCAGCAGGCAGGCACAAAGAAGCCGGCUAGAGCAGCUAACAGACGACAGCGACGAGGAUCUGCUCAAAGUCUGAAGUCCUCACCCCCUCUAUCCCCUAUCCCACAUCCCCCACCCAACCCUAACCCCAACCGCCUACCAAACAGAUAAACCCACCCCUCUACUCCACCCACAACUCUACUGACACAUACCACCAUGUUGUCAUCAUACCAGCUGUUUCCCGUUACUCAACUGGCAUGUACGUACCACACCUUCUCAUUUCGCCACUUCUGAACCGGCAUAUACUGUACCACAUGCCCCACCCCAAACACCCACCCACCCACCCAACCAACCUUUGAAUGGCAUACCGUACAGUACCAUGUUUUCUGCUAGCCACCCUUUGACUGGCAUAUACCAUAAGAUCUCCUCUACAUAUCCCUCAACUGGCGUAUUACCACAAAGUCUCAUCUACACACCCUUCAGUUGGAAAACUGCAUUCUCUCCGUACACUGGAAUACAUACAAUACUCUGACAGAGGGUGGAAAACGAAUAUCCCUAUAUACAGAGAGACUAUUAUAAUUUCCCCACACUUGUUUUUUUUCCUAUCAAAGGGAACUGUAUUUAUCUCUUAUGCUGUUUCAAGCAGUGGCUACAUAUUACAUUACUUUUUUAAAGACGAAAUGAUGCCUUUGCCCCUGAAAGAUGAUAAUUGCUUAUAAUGCCUGAAAAUGGACUGUAAUGGACAGAAUGUGAAAUUGUUUUGUUUAAUUUAAUAUGGCUACAUGUAUCCCUGCAUUUAGUCUAUCUUUUUGUUCAAUCUUAAGUAACUUAAUGGUAAUUUAUGUUUAUUUUUAUUUUUUAUUUGUUUUGUGUGUUUUCACAGUUUAUUUUCCUGUAGCACAUUAUGUAAAGUCUGCAGGUGUGCUUACAGCCCUGUGGGGGUUGCAGGCGUGUAACAAAGAUAAUGGACAUUUCUCAGUAUGUUGUGGGUUCAAAAGCAGUGCUGUGCAGCAGUGAAUUUUACCUACUCAUUGUCACUUCGGUACUCUGUAUUUGUUAUUACCGUCAGACUUGUUUGAGUGCCAAGAUUAUGAGCUUGUGUCAGUCAGACUUGCCUCUCUUGGCGACUGAGAACCGAACCGGUGCCCAUUCCCGCACCUAAUCGCAAACCGGCCGGCGUGUUCACGCCACCAAUCUUACCGUUUGCGAAACGACAAAAAAAAAAAAUGUCUGUGACCUGUGACGACAACGUGGACGUCAGCACGUUCAUCGGGAUAACAUUGUCACGUGAGGAAAAGUUCAAAGCCUUGUAUGAACGCGGGGGGUUCGCUGGUUAGCACUUAAUUGGCGAAUGUAACUGGUACCGGCACCGGCACCGUUCUGGUUGGCCUGAAAGCAGUAUCUGUGCACGACACUGUUCAUUUUGUCUCUUAGCACCUGUCCAUUUCAGCCGUUUGGGUGUGUUUUGGGAGCCAUAGUUUGGUUGUGAAGUAGGGAAUUGGCUUGUUCUUCAGCUCUGCCUAUGAUGCCAAAAAAAGCAUGAGAGAGCAACAGCAUAGUCAUACAGUAUACAGCUUUAGUGCCAUUUCCGGCAUUGGGUUCUCCUCUGAUGUUCCAGGUUGUAAUUGCCAUAGACCUUUUUUUUUCCUUUAGUUGUGAAUUUGCUUACAAUCACAGUGUGAUGGGAAAUGAUUUAAUUAUUACAUACUUUUUUUGUAAGUUAAGUUUGUAUUUAUACAGAGUGAACGUUCGAAUGCUAUCGGGCACAUGCAAUUCUGGUUAUAGAAGUUGAAGAGCACAGUGGACGGGACUAUGAUCCUUUUUUUCUCCAUGUAAAAAAAAUAAGAACGAUUGAUUAUGGUAAAAAAAGUUUAAGUUCAUCAAAAAUUAUUAUUGUUCAGCUGCAGGUGUUCACCUAAUCAACUGUGCCUCAUUUAUAUAAAAUGGCACCUGUUUAAAUUUAGCUACUUGUGUUUAAUUAUGAAUGGUUUAUGUUUUUUAUCGUUGUUAUUGUAUGUAUAUGUGGCUGUCACUAAUGGCUCAUUCACACUCCGGUAGUGUUUCAUUAUAGGCUGUCCAUUCUAAUGGGAAAUACUCAUGCUGAUGUUUGAGUUUGCUCCUUAUCAUGAAGACAUUUUCCUUUGCCAAAAGCAACAUGAAAGAUUUGCAUGUGUUUUCAGCAUCAGCAGCAUAUUUGAGAUAUUUGUCAAGAUGUCAAUGUGUGAAAUGGAGUCCAAACUGUUUGAAAGAGCUUUGCGAUGCAUUGCAUCCCCAGGGGGCUAACAAAAGACUAAGCAUGUUCUUUAAUCUUUCCUGGUGGCCCAUCCCCAACAAAACUUCCCCAUCAAGCAAGAUGAAAGUGUUUUUGGAAAGAAGAAAAAACUGAAUGUUAGCCGACUUUGUAACAAGACAUGAAUGUGCUUCAACAAACAUCUCAUAUCUUUUACAGUAGAGGGGGAGCAGUUUUUGUUGGCUAACAGUGGAGGAGAAGAGAAGAGAGCCCCCCCCCCCCCCCCCCCCAGACUGGUGACGAUUGGAGUUAUCAGCUGAAGGCACUUUAUGGUGGGAAAGGCUCCCCUCCUCCCCAGAGUUAUUCUUUUGAAGUUCAUUUUUCUGGCACGCUGCAGGGUAUUCCAUGAACAGAUCAUGUCGGCUCCCCAAGUCAAGGUUACUUGAUGUCGGAUGUAAUUCUCCUAAUAUAGAAGUAGUUAAUCAACUCUUCUGAGUUAUCAUACUAUAAGGGUUAACUGAAAGUAACAUGCAGUAAAUCUUGUAGAUGACCUACGAGUUCCCCUUUAUUUUUGGGAAUAAAGCUGCAGGACCCCACACAAGAGUAACGCGUUUUCAAAGUACAGUAGUGUUAGAGGCUGCUGUCUGGAAUGCCCCUCAGCGGCUGGCUGUGGUUGGAGGAGGAGGGGGGUGAUGUCUUUCCCUGACACGUAUCUGUAGUUGUCUAGUAAAAUGUCUGUCUCUGCUGUAAGUUGGAGAGCAUUUUGGCUCGUAUCGGUACGUCCAUCAGUCAUGAAGUCAUGACCAAAAAGCCCCAGUGCCUCUGUCUUUCUCUGGUGUAAUUUUUAUUUCUUGUCAGAGGCUCUGGGGCUUGUCUGGCUCAUUUUUGUUCUACUGUAUGUCCUAAUGAAUUUGUUUGGGAUUCUUCUUUUGUACUUAUGAAAUGUUGCUGUGAAACACACAUAGCAUUGACACAAAAAUGAACGCUUAGCUCUUCAGUCCAUUACAAUAAAGCUUCAGCCUUGUCUAUAGUA